AUGUCAACUUUGGAAGAAGUACUGCUCACCCGCCAUCGCCUCUCCGAAUAUCACGUAUACCGCGAACACGCCGGAAAGGGACACAUUUGCAUCACACCGUUUUCCGACAUAACCAAAGAACCGGGAUAUAAAAAGAAGAAGAAAAGCAAAACAGAACUCGAACACGAACCAGAAUACAACUCCAUUCACCACAAACUCGACACCAACAACAGUUACUUUAUCCAUCGACCAUUGAUCACCAGCUGGCAUGACCCCCCACGUACGCUCCGCCGCGGCGACACGCGAGCUGGCGAGCCCGUGUGCAUUAUUAACAGUGCUGCGUGUUGGAAGGAAUGGAAUAUUCAGUUUACGCCAGACCUAAAACAUAUCAUCGACCCGCGUGGUCUAGUGCGCUGGGAGAAUCGCAGCAGACCCGACAACAGCACCGCUCACGACGAUCAUGCUAUAAGAGGGUUCAAAGUUCGUAGCUGGCGCAGCUGGGGCGAGACAGGCAAGGAAUAUCAUCGACAGGUAAACGCUCGCCGAAAGGCGGCCUUGCAUGAGCAGGGCCAAAAGGACGAAGAAGAGGAACACUACGAGCCCGUUGCAGCCGAUGAAGCAGUGCAUUUAACAUGGUCAUCCCCAUUUUCCCUAAAAAGCACUCGUCGGUAUGAGUUUGAGUAUGCGGGAAUUCAGUUCUUUUGGGAAGGGACCAGCGAUGUUCCCCUGCAGACGCCGUCGGAUAAAUGGUCUAGAAGGUUGAUGCCGUUUAAUCAUUUGAAACUGAUGGCGAGGUCAACACGACAAGAAAAACUGUUUGUUGGGCAGUAUGUAUGCAGCCUGUCGCCGAUGAAAUACGGUAGACUGUGGAUCUUUGAUUCGGUGAUCCAAGAUCUGCUCGAGGAAUCGAGAGAAAAACUUGAUCCGGAUUUUGAUGUUCGGAAAACGCGAGUGUAUGAUUUGGUCAUGGCCACGGCCAUGUGUAUGAUUAUUGGCGAGUGGCAGAAACGCAUGACGGUGCAGCUGAUUUUCAUAAUUCUGCUGCAAGGAGCGGGUGUGACUUAUAGUUCUUAA